AUGGCGGUGCCCAAGCUGGUCGUCUUCGACUUGGAUGCUUGCUGUUGGUAUCCAGAGAUGUACAUGCUCAGACGAGGAGCGCCCUUCGCGGCCACCAGCGAUCCCAAUGUGCUGAUGACGUGUGGCAAGGAGAAGGUGCGUUUGCUGGGCGACGUGCGGAACAUCUGGAAGGAGCUUCACUCCUCGGAGAUGUUUCAGUCCACCCGCGUGGGUGUGGCCUCACGCUGUGAUGAGCCUGAAUGGGGCCGUGAGUGCCUGAAGAAGUUCAUGGUUGAGGAGGGCGUCUCGAUGUGGGACGUGGCCGAAAAAGGACACUUGGUGGAGAUCUUCAAGUCGAGCAAGCAAGAGCAUUUCCGAAGGCUGGCGGCGAAGACUGGAGUGGCCUUUGAGGAAAUGCUCUUCUUCGACGAUGAUCCAUACAACAUUCAGGACGUCUCCCGUUUGGGGGUCACCUGUGUGGAGACACCAGACGGUGUGACGCCCGAGGCUUGGGAGGAAGGUUUACAGCUCCAUGCACUGCGGCAUGACGGAGGAGGGGUUUGGGCCUCAGAUUUCCCGGAUUGGCCGGUGGCAGCGUCCAAAGAAGAGUCGGACGGCAAAGAUAGCAAAGACGGAAAGGAACACAAGGAGCACAAGGACUCCGCCAUGAUCGGCAGUUCCAAGCUUUCGGAGAAGCAGAAGGCCGCCUUGGAGCGGCUCCGGGAGCGCGCACUGAAGCCACCUCCGCCUAAGGAGGAACCCAAAGAGGAGAAACCCAAGACUGAAGGUGCAGCAGCAGCGCCGUCAUCGCCGGGUCAGGAGAACGAACAUCAAGGCGGUGGCCAAGUGCAGGAGUUGCUCCGUGCAGCGCAAGCCGCGGCCUUUGCAUCUGCGUCUGCUCAUAUGCAGGAGGAGGCCAUCUUACAAGCCAGCGCUCAAGUUGCGGGAAUGGCUGCUCAAGCGGCCACCGCAGCGGCCGCCGCACCGGCCAUGGCGACCAGCAUGGCGACCAGCAUGGCUGCCAUGGCUGAGGCACCAGCGACGAUUCCGGCGGAACUAGCGUGCGGUCAAAGUGGAGGUACGUGGCCGUGGCCCGAUGCUGGCGGCGCCACUGGAAGUGACACGUGGCCGAAUGAGCAGAGUGGAUGGGAGGAGUGGACUGAUCCAAGCACAGCUGCAUGCGGCGCAUGUGGUGCUUGGGGCAAGGGAGAUCCAUCUGGCGGAGGUGCUGCCUGGGGGAAGGGAGAUGCAUCUGGCGCAAGUGGCGCAUGUGGUGCGUGGGGAAAGGGAGAUCCAAGUGCAUCUGGCGCAAGUGGCGCAUGCAGUGCAUGGGGUCAGGGUGAGGCGUGGGCCGGGCCAGACGGUUGGGCCGGUGAUGGUGUGGCUACUGCCACAGCGCCCGCGGCUACGAAUGUCCCGGUUGGGGGCGGUGCGGCAGGGAAGGGGGAGGCUUGGCCAGCGAUGGUGGGGAGCAACUCGCCUAACCCAUGGGAAGGUGAUUGGGAGUGGGGGCAAGACUGGUCAGAGUGGCCUGAAGGCAAGGGGAAAGGAGUCAAAGGAGCUUGGCCACAAGCAGAUUCAGCCUGGGGCGAAUGGGCCGCCAAGGGCUGGAAAGGCUGGAGCCCCGCUGCUUGGAAGGGUUCCUUUGGCAAGGGUCCCUGGUGA